AUGGCGAUCGCAGCAUCCCUGCGUUUGAAUGCUGCGACCGAGCCUGAUCUUACACGACAACCGUGUGAUUUGCUUAUUUUCGACUUGACAUCAUGUAAAAGUCAAGUACAGGUCCCUAUAAACCUAACUCGUUAUCAGACCUCGGCCGAGAGACCAUGCAGCCUCACUCUGACUCCCUGUGUUGACAUACGCACUGCUGAGUCACCUGCGGCGUCGGAUGAGCAUUUUGCGUUAUUGCAUUCGAUCCCCGAAAUUUCGUAUGCUAAUUGUAUUAAAGUACGUGCUUGUAAAUUCGUUUUAAAGAUGUGGGGAAUAUCAAAUCCAGCGUAUCAAAUUUCCCGUUCACAACAAUGGAAAAGACAGUCACGCGAGCUGGCGGAGGUCGCAUGCCUCUUAUCGGGCUGGGAUGCUGGCAGUCCCCCCCGGAGCAGGGGGACGAGGCGGUGGAGGCGGCGCUGGACGGGUGGCUACCGCCACAUCGACACCGCCUACAUCUACCUCAACGAGGAGGCCGUCGGCGCCGGCAUCCGGAACUGGCUCGAGAAGACAGGCAAGAGCAGGGGCGAGAUCUUCGUCGUGACCAAGCUGCCCAUGAUCGGCAUGAACGAAGGAGGCGUGGAGAAGUUCCUGAAGAAGUCCCUGGAGAAGUUGCAGCUGGGCUACGUGGACCUCUACCUCGUCCACGGGCCCGUCGGCGUGAUUGGCAAACACGACAACGAUAUCUUCCCGGUGGUCGAUGGGAAGCUGAACGUGGAUUUCGGAACAGACCUUAUUGCCGUCUGGAAGGAAAUGGAGAAGAUGAAGACGCUCGGCCUGGCGAAGUCCAUCGGCGUCUCCAACUUCUCCAUCAAGCAGCUGAGGAAGAUCUGCGCCGUUGCUAAGAUUCCUCCGUCCGUGCAACAGGUUGAGUUGCACGCUCACUUCCAGCAGCACGACAUGCAGGAGUUCUGCAAGAGCCACAACAUCGCCAUCACCGCCUACGCCCCCCUGGGUUCCCCCGGCCGGCGGGGCGUUCCUACGCUGAGCGGCGGCUGUAUACCGACGCUGCUGGAGGACCCCGUGGUGCAGCUGGUGGCGGAGAGGCACGGCGUGACGACGGCGCAGGUCCUCCUCCGCUUCCUGGUCCAGCAGGGCCUCAUCGCCAUCCCCAAGUCCGUCACGCCCUCGCGCAUCGCCGCCAACAACGACGUCUGGAACUUCGCGCUAACGGACACCGAGUUGGCCGCCCUCAGGAGCCUUGACAAAGGGCCCUCCGGUCGCUCCUUCGUCUUCGCCAACCGCCCUGGGUGAGUCGCGAAGCAGUUGCGUCAUAUCCUUGUGAUAAAUUAUUUUUAAUAAGAGUUAAGAAGAGUUUUAGGUAGGCAGAGGGAGAGAAGUUGGCUCUACGUAUGUAUAACUGGAUGUUUGAAUGUUAUUAUUAUCAUUAUUU